AUGACGGAGAAUGAUCUCCCUGAAGGUGAUUGGCAAUGCAGUGAGUGCAAGAGACCGUCGCGCUUCGACGCAUAUUCUGUGACGGUGGCUUCCGAAAAAACUAUGCAGGACAAGUGUCUGAAGAUUGUUCAGUGCUUGAAGUCGCAUCCGUUCUCAAAGCAGUUCCUCUCCCCUGUGGAAAACAUCCCGAUGUAUACGCGCGUGGUGAAGCAACCGAUGGACUUGUCUACAAUUGAGAACAAGCUGAAGAAGGGUGCGUACGUUUUGGAUAGCAACACUCUAGCGAAUGGCGUCAAAGAGUUGGAUGCGACGCAUUUUGCCAACGAUGUUCGACUGAUGUGGUCAAACUGCAAGAUUUUCAAUGACGAUGGAUCAGGCAUCACGCGGGCAGCCGAUAUUUUGUCAGUUGGCUUUGAACGUCUGUACAAGGAAUCCACCGCACCACCACUGACAGCACAAGAUGGAUGUUGA